CGACGCGUGUGAACCCAUCAUCGAGAGAGAAGAAAACCAAACCAGCUAUGAGCGCUUCGGGUAAAAGUCUUCUUGGUCUCUGGCUAUAUAGAAGUGGUGAACAGGAAUGGUCUGUCAAACAGGGCAGUCCUUUGCAUCAGCUAAGCAAAAAGGAUUCAGCUCCAUUGUCUGGAGGAGUUGUUAGCGAUGGUUCUGGCACUGGAACCAACACCACAAAUCCCUCAUCUCAUGCAAGUCUUGCGCGACAUGCCUCAGCGCCCAGCCAAGACAAUUUCCUUUUGUUUUCAUCCCAAAAACAGGAUCGCAAUGAUUCAUCACGCCAGAUAUCGCCUGGUGAGCGCAUCUCCAUUAUAUUCACAUUGAAGAAUCAAGUUGGCAAUUUGGCCAGAGCCCUGCAAGUAUUCCAAGAAUUGGGCAUCAAUGUCCUGCACCUGGAAUUGUCGCCACUGGAGGCAACCACAAAUCAGGCAGAUGUUCUUGUCGAUGUUGAGUGUGAUCCACGUCGUUUGGAUCAGGUUGUCAAGAUGCUAAAUCGUGAGGUGGCCUCGGUUAACUAUACAACGGUCAGUCCGCAGAGUUUGGCCAGGGCACCAUCUUUGUCGGCCUGUUCCAGUUUCGAUUUUGGUGAUAUGGUUUGGUUUCCUCGCAAGAUAUCUGAUUUGGAUAAGGCACAAAAUGUUUUAAUGUACGGUUCCGAAUUGGAUGCCGAUCAUCCUGGAUUUAAGGAUAAAAUUUAUCGCAAGCGACGUGAACAGUUUUCGGGCAUAGCCAAUAACUUUAAGCAUGGCAAUCCUAUUCCACGUGUCCAAUACACAGCCGAAGAGAUAAAAACUUGGGGAACAGUUUUCUUAGAGCUGCAUCGUUUGUAUGUGCUGCACGCUGUCCCCGAAUAUAUGGAAAAUUGGCCCGAAUUGGUUAAAUACUGUGGCUAUCGUGAGGACAAUGUGCCCCAAUUGCAGGAUGUGAGUGUCUAUUUGAAGCGUAAAACUGGUUUUCAAUUACGUCCAGUUGCUGGUUAUCUAUCGCCAAGAGAUUUUCUCUCUGGAUUGGCAUUUCGGGUAUUCCAUUGUACUCAAUAUAUAAGGCAUUCUUCGGAUCCAUUUUACACACCAGAACCAGAUUGCUGUCAUGAGCUACUGGGUCAUAUGCCUUUGUUGGCCAAUUCAAGCUUUGCUCAGUUCUCACAAGAGAUUGGCUUAGCCUCAUUGGGAGCCAGCGAUUUGGAUAUUGAAAAACUAGCAACGCUCUACUUUUUCACAGUGGAAUUUGGUCUAUGCAAGCAAGCGGAUAAUAGUUUUAAGGUCUAUGGAGCUGGCCUUUUAAGCUCGGUGGCUGAAUUGCAACAUGCCAUCACAGCGGAGCAAAAGAUUAAGAAAUUUGAUCCCGAAUUGACAUGUAAAGAGGAAUGUAUUAUAACCUCGUAUCAGAAUGCUUACUACUAUACCGAUUCCUUUGAAGAGGCCAAAGAGCAAAUGAGAGCUUUUGCAGAAAGCAUUCAACGACCAUUUGGUGUGCGUUAUAAUCCAUAUACCAUGAGUGUGGAGGUUCUAUCGAAUGCCCAAAAGAUCACAGCUGUGGUUAGUGAGUUGAAGGGAGACCUGAGCAUCGUUUGCUCGGCAUUGAGAAAGAUAUCGGCAACCGAUGAGAAUUUGGAUGUGGAUAGCAUAGCCAAUAUGUUGCAGAAUAGUCUCAAUGUCCGUACGGGUAAUGGUGGCUCGGGUGGUGCAGGUGGCAGCGGUAAUGCCAAUAGUCCAGAUAAUUCCGAUAGUUCUCUGGCUGAAGGCGAUUAAAUCGAGAAUACAAAUGAAAUAAUAACAAUGUUUG